CUAGUCUCUGUCUAGUCAAGUAGAAAGAGGCGUGCAUCUCUUGAAUUGUCUUGAAAUAUGUCGAAGCGUUCGCUUUCUCCUGGCUUGGUUGCGCUUCCUCGCCCGAAGCGAGCCCAUACCGAAGGAGACACCUCAGUAUCUGUCCCACGUCGCUCACUUGAAACCUUUGAUACACUCUUCUACGACGAGCUCAUCCUGCACAUAUUCUCUCAUCUUUCUUACCGUGAUCUCUGUGCUGUCCAAAGGACGAACCGAAACUGGGCACGUCUAGCGCUUGACAACCAGCUGUGGAAAGGGCUAUAUCUAAGGGAGUAUGGGAAAGGAAGGUUAAGGGGCGGCAGGGGCUUCAUAACAGGCUUGAGGUCUCAGCUGGGACGGAGCGACGGGAGAGAAGUUAAACCCCUUCCACAUGGAAAGGCGGUCGAGGUGCAGGAUCCUGAACUAUCAAAGGAUUGGAAGCAGAUGUUUAGGAUCAGCACGAACUGGAGGACUGGUCGCUGCCGCACAUCUCACGUGAAUUUCGAGUCGGAGGACACUCCCAUCCCAGGCCCCUCCUCGUCAAGACUUCACGGACUGCAGCGAGAUGUUUAUACCAGAACACGUACUACACACGUAGUCCUUGCUGGCACCGCCACCAUUCUCGCUUCUCCAAUGCCUUCGACCUCUCCCGAACUCAUUCUCAUCUCACCUUAUGGGCAGAGAACAAGCCUACGAGUUCAGCCGCAGCGUAGAAAUGUUUUGCAACACAUUACCGCUAUAGCUGUAGAUCAAAGCCCACCUUCAUCAAGUCCGCCACAAACCCGACUCGUCGUCUGCCUCUCCUCAGGCGAAAUUAUCGUACAAGUGCUCUCCACAUCUCAGUCGCUCACAACUACUCAUGCUUACGCGCCAUCAACCCGUACGCAACGAACUGUCGCAGUACACCAUGUCGCAUACCAUCAUCCGCUCCUCGUCACCCUAUCGUCGUCUUUCCAUCUUUCCAUCUACGACCUCUCGGGCGACAAGUUCCAACUUCGAGAUACUCUCAACAGCUUCACUUCGUACCCACCGUCCAGCAUGGUCCUCACCAUGCCCUUCCAAGAUAAGCUCCGUGGAAUAUACCAAUGGCGCGUGCUGUUGACCUAUGCCAGCCCCGUGUUUCCAGAACAUUGGAGUGUAGGAGUGACAGAAAUCUUAAUCUCGAAUGUUGCUUCAUCGGAAUUCUCAUCCCUCAUCGGUCCUUCUACCUCUGCGCUCUGUGGGAUCAACUUCUCAACCUCGCUACUGGAUUCCGAGAGUCCAUCCGAAGAAAGUCGCGCUAUACGAUUAUGUUCCUCGAGGAGUACGCGGGCAUUCGAUAUACCGUUUGGGUUUAUCGAUCAGGCGAAGUACAAGCUCGUCAGGGAACAGUGGGGAAGAAAGGUCCUUCAUGUUUCGGGCACGCAGACGGAUGGAAAAUGGGUCGUCCUCGCACCCGCUGCAGCACCCACCCAUAACCCAUAUGGAACUGCGUCCGCGUCUGCCGACUCGUAUGCGAACCCACUUCCCGGCACAUCAUCGCCGUCAUCGCCAUCGCCGCCUUCAUCACCCUCGAGUCACGACUUCGGCGUAUCCAGCUAUACACCAGCUUCUCUUCCUAUUCAACUAUACCGUCUUUCGUUCCCUUCAUCGUCGUCAUCAAACAGUAAUCCAAAGCUCACAUUCGUCCGCAAUCUAUAUGGACCGAGUGGUCCGUCAAAGGCCCUCGCUCUCGCGGACGGGAGAUGUGUCAGUUUUGGCGUGGAUGGUAGCGUUUGGGUUUGGGACCUGGAGGUGGGGACUGGAGUCGAAGUAGAAAGUCUGGGUCGGCACUCUGUGGAUCGUGGUCUGGAUGCUGAAGGUGGAGAUAUAGAUUUUGACGGCGAAGAUGAUGAGGGUGGGGAUAGCGAGUGCGAAGGGGUCGGGAAAAGGAUGCAGGGUGGAGUGGAGAAGCUACAUAUACAGGCAGGGCUGGAGAGAGCGGCUGUCACGUUUGAUGAUAGGCGGAUUGUUACGGCGGGUGAGCGGGGCGUCGUUGUGAGACACUUUGAUGCUUGAGUGAUGGAAUCAUUCUUUGGAGGAUACAUAGAGAGCGGUGAGGAUAGCGUGGUACGAUACUUCACGAAGGUUAGGAUUGGAUGAACCUAUAUCAGACUUACAGAUGAUUCGGCACAAUCGAACGGAUGCCAUCCGUAUCAUAUUUGGUCAGAGCAUGGUUAGAGUGUGCUGCACUGACACGCAUUGGACGGUAGGUCGAGAGCUAAACCUACAACCGAGUCGCCAGACGGGGCAGUGCCUUGAUGAUUG